AUGUUCUCGGGCUCAAACUCGUACCUGGGCGGUGCCAACCAGGGCCGUCCAGGCCAACAGCAAUAUGGCCAGCAACCCCAGCAGUCCUUCAGUGGCUUCGGCCCUCAGGCUACAGGUUACAUGCAGCCGCAAUACACCGGCAUGCCUCCCAUGCAGCAGCACCAACAGUCUCUACAGCCCCAGGCUACUGGAUACCCACCGCAACAGCAGCAACAGUCUCUGCAGCCUCAGGCCACUGGCUACCCACCACAACAGCAGCAGCCCCAGCAGAACCAAUUCCAAGGCGGUCUCAUGCCCCAGUACACCGGCUACCCUCCCCAGCAACAACAGCAGCAACCGCCGCAGCAGCAGUUCCAAUCGCCCCAGCCGACUGCUGCUCCCCAGCAGCGACCUCAGCCUACCAGCAUGACCUCAUCGCAGAUGGCCGAUUCUUUCCGCACCACUCCUGCUCGUCAGCAGACCCAACCUACCCAGUCAUCGUCCCAAUCCUCCAAGAUCCCGAACAUCCGUCUGUCCUUCAUCACCGCCCAGGACCAGUCCAAGUUCGAGCAACUCUUCAAGUCUGCCGUUGGCAAUGAGCAGGCUCUCUCCGGCGACAAGGCCAAGGACCUUCUCCUUCGUUCAAAACUUCCAGGCGACGCCUUGUCCCAGAUCUGGAUGCUCUCGGACACCACAAAGUCUGGUCAAUUGCUCUUCCCCGAGUUCGCCUUGGCCAUGUACCUGUGCAACUUGAAGCUCACCGGAAAGGACCUGCCUCCACAGCUUCCUGAAAGAGUUUUGAAUGAGGUUUCUAGCAUGGUCGACAUCAUCUCAUUCGGUGUUGCCGAUGCACAGCCCUCCUCGCAGCCUGCAAGCAAUGCACCCAGCUUCCCUGAUGUCCCCUCCAUUCAGGCACCUCAACCUCAAGCUUCCAACAGCCAGCUUCUGUCGCAACUGGCUCCCCAGCCUACAGGCUUCCAGCCUCAACCCACCGGGUUCCAGUCGCAGCCCUUCCAGCCUCAGCCUACUGGCCUUCAGCCCCAACAGACUGGCUUCCAAUCUCAAGCUACGGGAUACAAUGGUCCUCGUCCUCCUAUGCCUCCCAUGCCGACAGGCUUCGCUCAAGGAUUGUCGCCACAGCCCACCGGUUUCCCCAUUGCGCCUUUGAACGCUCAGCCUACUGGUCGUCCUGGUCAGUGGGGUCUUGUCAACGCCCCCGCCUCUGGAUUGCCCAACCUCCAGGCUCUCCAACAACAAAUGAUGCCUCAACCUGGUCGCGAGACUGGUUUCAGCACUGCUGGUCUGCGUGGUAACGCCACAGUCCCUUGGGCCAUCACCAAGGAUGAGAAGAAGAUCUACGAUGACAUGUUCAAGGCUUGGGAUGGCUUGAGCAAGGGCGCAAUCAGUGGCGCCACAGCUAUCGAGAUCUUCGGCCAGAGUGGUCUUGAGAAGGACGACCUCGAGCGCAUUUGGACCCUGUCAGACCCUCACAACAGAGGCAAGCUUAAUCUUGACGAAUUCGCUGUAGCCAUGCAUUUGAUCUACCGCAGAUUGAACGGUUAUCCCGUACCAGCCAAGCUUCCUGCUGAGCUUGUGCCUCCUUCUACUAGGAACAUCAACGAUGCCAUUGGAACCAUGAAGUCGCAUCUCUCAAACGAUGCACAAUCGAGAAGAAGCACUGGUGCAUUCUUGCAGCCUCAGAAGACCGGUGUCAGCUACCUCAAGAACCACUCUUUCGCAGGCGCAGGUGCAAGCAUUGCCGGACCUCGCAAGGAUGCUACCGUUUAUAAGAACAACGAUGAGGACGUUGGCUACCGCUCGGCUGCUCGUCGUCGCGCAGGCGAUCCUGGCCGUACUGCCUCUCCUGCUCAGGAGAAGCCUGCAGAAGAGAUGUCGGUUGAUCAGUUGAAGAAGGCCAUCCGUGAGAAACAGGUUCUCCUUGAUGCUAUGGACUUUGAGGACGAGGGCAGAGCCGAUGAGGAAGAUGCUCUUGAUCGCAAGGACCGCAAGGAAGCAGAUGAGCUCUACAGACGCAUUCGUCGCAUUCAGGAGGAUAUCGAUGGACACCCAAAUUCUGGAUUCCGCACCACCGACUCAGACGCUGAACGUAGAGCGCUCAAGAGACAGCUUCAAACCCUGUCCGAUCGCCUGCCUGAGCUGGCUUCUCACGUGCGACGCUGCGAGAGGGCCAUUGCAGAUGCUCAACUAGAACUGUUCCGUCUCAAGGAUGCCAAGGCUAACCCCAGCUCAGCUCCUGCCAUUGUCGGCACUGGACCUGGAGGAGCUGUGACUGAGUCUGAUCGUCUCAAGGCAAGAGCCAGGGCAAUGAUGCAAGCUCGUUCUGCCGCGCUCACAGGCAAGCCUGCUCCUGCUGGUGCUUCAGGUGAUGAUGGCGCCGGCGCUGCCAAGAGAUUGGAAGAUGAGAGUAACCGUGUCCGCCUUGAAAGAGAGGAGAACGAGAGGAUGGUGCGCGACGUUGAAGACUCCGUCACUGAAUUCAGCAGAACUAUCGAGGCCAGUCUGAAAGAAGGUGUCGAAGACGCUGCGACCGAGCAUGAGAGAAGAAGAUGGGAAGACGGUCUUGGUGUUGAAGAUGAGGUGAAGGAUUUCAUCUACGAUAUGCAAAGAAGCAGCAGAACUGCUCGCAUUAGAAAGGACGAGACUCCUAGCACUCAUGAUCGUGUCGCUUCACCACGCGCUGAGGAGGUCAGCCGUGGUGGUAGCGCUCGUGUCGAGAGCCCCGCGCCUAGAAGCGAGACACCUCGUGGAGGGUCUUACAACACUUACAAAACUGCAGAGGAUCGUGCCGCCUUCAUCAAGCAGCAAGCUGAGCAACGCAUGGCUGAACGUCUUGCUGCAUUGGGCUUGAGGGCUCCCACUAAGCCUGCUGAGUCUACACAGCAGCGCCAGGAGCGUGAGCGUAAGGAACGUGAAGAUCGCUUGCGCCAGGCUGAACAGGAAGAUGCUCGCAGAGAAGAGGAGAGACAGCAGAGACUGGCUGGAGAAAGCAUUGCACCUCCUACUCCUGAGAAGUCUCUUGGAAAGAAGGCUCCUCCCGCUCCCGCGCCUCGCAAGAACCGCGGCGACUCUGUUGGCAAGCAAGAAGAGCAACAAGCCAAGGCUGAAGCUCAAAGAUUCGAGCAGCAUCAAAUGGAACAGGCCAUCAAAGAGCAACAAGAAGCGCAAGCAUCGGAGACCAAGGAACUUGAGAAUGAGGAGCGUCGUCAAGAAGAAGAGCUCCGCAAAGAGCGUGAGGCUGCUGCUGAACGUCUUCGUGCACUCGAAGAGCAAGUCCGCCAGGGCAAACUCAAGAAGGCAGAGGAGAAGAAGAGAAGACAAGCAGCUUCCAAGGAGGCCGAAGAGAAGGAGGCCCGUCUUGCGGCUCAACGUGCUGAAAUUGAAGCUGCUAGAGAAAGAGAGCGACAGCUACAACUGCAGCUUGAGAGCAUGAACGACGACAGCUCGGACGAUGACGAUGGACCUCAGACCAUUACUCCCAUGGAAAGCACACCCGCUGCUAGCCAGGAGCUGCCAAGGGAAGUGUCUCCCGCACCUCCAGUCGAAGCUGUACCUGCACCUCCAAGCGCUCCUGCCCCUCCACCAGUGCCCGCUACGGUCAUUAGUCCCCCAGAGGAAUCGAAGAAUCCGUUCUUCAGAAGCAUGAACCAGCCUGCGGCUCCUUCUGCGCCCAUCGCACCACCUGCUGCCGCUGACACCAACCCCUUCCACCGUUUUACUCAGCAGGAUACCAACAAGACUGCCUUGCCUGAGCCCUCUGCGCCAUCGGCCCGUCGCACAGUCAAGCCAGCAGAUGACGAUGACUGGUCUGUUGUCAAUUCCGAGUCCUCUGACGACGAGGACGACGACGGCCCUACUGGUGGCAGCGCCAAACAACUUGCCUCAAUGCUCUUCGGCACUAUGGCACCACCACGCCCACUAUCAGCCAUGGAGAGCAGCUCGCCUGCUUCUGCCUCACCCGCGCCUCCGGCAACCUUGCCACCGCUUCCUCCACCAACACCCGACGUGCCUGCUCCACCACCCAUGCCCGAAGGCGGCGUUGUGCCACCUGCUCCCCCACCACCACCGCCAAUGCCCUCGACUGGCGCACCUCCUCCUCCCCCAAUGCCUACAGGCGGUGCCCCUCCACCACCUCCUAUGCCUGCUGGCGGUGCACCCCCACCUCCCCCUAUGCCUUCGGCUCCUGCAGCUGGUGGUGGUGCCAGACCUAACAUCUCUGGCCUUUUGGGAGAGAUUCAGCUUGGCAAGGGACUGAAGAAGACGGUUACCAAGGAUAGGAGUACUUCGGCGACUGCUGGUCGUGUCCUGGACUAG